CGCGCGGACGUUCGGGACUCUGUCUCCUGGACGCGGCCCCGACGCGGCCCUCCGCUACAGGGGAAGCCAAGAACGCGUGCACACCUCGUAGAACAGCACGGAGGAGGGCGGCCCUCAAGCCCUGGCCGGCCGCAGAUCGAGAAAGAGGCUGUGUAACCUGCCUCGCGCUAACAGGCAGCUGUCACAGCCAAUCAGCUUUCCAGAUCUGUGCUUCGCCUGCCCCUGGCGGAGCCUCGCCUUCUCUGUAGCCCUGGUACCCGGUGUUUAGUUCCCGGCUUCCCGGACUUUAGAUUCAGUUAGGCUACCGGCCUCCCGUCAAUCAGUUCUCAGAAGGGAGCGGCAGGAGAGUCGUUCGCCUUACUAGGUACCUGCGGUGAACGAGUGUUUGUGGCAGUUGACCCUAUGAGGGCCGUCCAAGAUGGCAGCCCAUGAGCAGGAAAUGUAGCUCCAAAGAGCUUCCAAGGCGGUCUUAGAGCUCAGGUUUGCUGACCAGUGUCUUGUCUACAGCGUUGAUGCUGGCCAAGGAGGAGGAAUGAAAAAAUUACCUUUUUUAAGUCAAUGGUGCACCUUAAGUGGUUUUGAAAUUUUGUGGAUAACUGGUUGCUUUUUUUUGUUUUUACUUUAUUUUACUUUUAUUUAUUUGUUUGUUCAUUUUUGCGGGGCUGAGAAUUGAGUGGAGGAUUUUACAUACCCAGCUCUACCGCCAAAAAUUAUUCUCAGAUCUUUAUUUUUUUAAGACAGGGUCUCUCUGGCCUUGAACUUGUGACCUUCCUGUCCUUAGAGUACCCAAAAUAAUAGGCAUGGACUUUUUGUUUUUAAAUCUCAGAUAAAUCACUAUUAAAUAGCUAAAAAUAUUGAGGCUCUGAUUUUUUUUUCAAACUCUAUAAGCCACUCUGUGAAUUCUGAUUUUUCUAUAAUAGUUUUUCUUUCCCUCUGAGUAUUGUUGAACACUGGAUGAUGGACCACCAUUUUCACUCGUCCAACGUUUUAAAGGACACACACUGAAAAUAAAACUGAAGCGUCAGAAGCACUUGAAUUCUCACUCGUGGACUCUUCAACUACUGUUUCCGGUUCAGAGCUGAGGAAGCAUGAGUCAUUUGCAAAACUUACUGUUAGAUACCCUACUGGGGACGAAGCAUGUGGACGGUGCAGCCCUCAUCAAACUCCAAGAAAAGACCCUGUGUGUGACAUCACCAGGAUUUAGUGUAAUGCCAUGUGAUGUUCGAACACUUUUGAAUGGAUUUGCCAAAAAUCCAUUAUUAACCCGAAGGGAAGGGUUGUAUUUCAGGGAAAAGGAUUACAAAUGUGUCCGGGCAGAUGACUGUUCUCUCUAUGCUAAGAAGGAGAACACUGGUGUGGUGGUGGUGAAGACCCACAUGUAUCUUCUGGUGGCAACUUACGCUGCAGGCAUGUAUCCCAGUGUCUGCGUGGAAGCUACAGAAAAGCUGGGAGAGUAUCUAAGAAAAAAAGGAAACUAAGACAUCAGAUAACUAGUGAAGACGACUUCGUUGUUUUAGAAAAAAGUAUAGAUCCUUAAGAAAAAUAUUUUGUGGUUGAAAAUAGUGUGGAAGAUUAAAACAAAGACUGAGUUAAGGGAA